ACGCGGCGAUUUCGACAUGAGUUUCCUCAGUGUCCUACGUCUGUGCCUGGGAGGAAAAUGGAAACAUUUUUCAGUUAUGCUGUGUCCAUCUCUGUACCAUUCUUUACAUAUGUCCUGCUGUCAGAGAAAAUCCAUAGCCCCAGUAAAGAAAACAGACUUUGUCUCAGUCUCGUCAGAUGAGAGCUUAAAAGACACUGAGAAAAGAUUGGAAAAUCUUUACUCUUCUGAAGAGAAAUCAGCUAUUUUGCAGGUGCUCAACACAGCAUCUGUGAAUGAACUUGCCGCUUUCACAUUUCUUCGAGGAAAGAAGUCCGUCAACAUUGUAAAGCACAGGGAAAAACAUGGACCCUUUCAAGAUUUGGAAAGCUUAAUGGAAGUGCCCCUGCUUAAGUAUAAAAAUGCAGUGAAAGUGUGUGGCUCAAUUCUUCAUCAAGAGUCCAAAGAGGAAAAGAAAGAGAAAAGAAUACAGGAAAACUGGCCAUUAGGAAAGGUUGUCAGACCGAGAAUAAACAGAAGAAAACUUAAGGAAGCUAAGAGUAUUGUGUCUAUUGUUUUUGGUAAUGAAAGAAUUGCCUGGGCUCACCUUGAUAACAAACUAAUGGUUCUUGACUGGCAACAAGAAAAUAACUUUAAACUGAUGAAAGAAACACACACGCCGGCUAUGUAUCUGGAAACGAUUUCUUCAGUAGUUUCAGAAAUUCCUGAAGGAGAUUUUUAUAUUUUGGAAAAAAGAAACUUUUCUCUUCUGCAGACCACUCUGUUUCCUGUCAUGUUACACUUCCUCACUGUGGAGGCCAUGCUGUAUUCCUUGUUAAACAAAACGUUUUCUCAAGAUGGCCAGCAUCGGGUGUUGAGCAUGAACCGUAAUGUGGUGGGGAAGCACUUUGAUUUGAUGCUUGGGACUAUGCGGACUAGUGGCAUGACCUUGGUGCAACGGUUUCUCUCAGAUUUCCCAAUGCAAGCAAAGCCCCGGGUCUCCUUCACACCUGAGGGCCUGGUGCGCUAUAGAAACCUGAUGGAGACUGAUGGAAGAGAAAUAAAGGAAGAAUUGUGGGAUUCCCUGCUGCAAGCAGUGGCUUUCUAUGAACUUUUAGUGUUCAACCCUGAAUCAUAAAGCUUUUCUUGGGUGCAAGAUGGCACAGGCAACGGCUCUUAAACCUUGUCUUGCUCACAGCAUAAUGUAACAGAGCACUGGACUUGGGAGUCCGAAAUCCACGGGUUCAAAUCCUGUGUUGUACACUUUCUCCCUGUGUGGGCCUGAGCAAGUUCCCUUAGCUUCCUCUUCUGUGUGGCCUCUAAUUCUAAACCCUUCUAGCUCUAAAGCAAUGUUUCCCAGCUCACUGGCCUCUUAAGUUGGCAACAAAGAACCAUUUCUGGACCUCUAGUUAGGCCUUUGGGCCUUGGGAUUCCUCAGCUCUCCCACCCAUUAGGCCUCCAGCAGUCUAUCACCCUCUUCUUUGUUUCUUCAAGACAGGAAGUAGAAGAGGUAGGUACCUACCCCAAUCUCUGUGGAUAGAGCUGGUAUCUGAACUUCCUCAUACCAAGCUGGGAAGGCUUCGGAUUUUGUAAACUGCCUCCUUUUGAGAACAGCAGAUAUGAUCUCUGCUCUCUACCGGUUUUUCCCCUAAACCACAGUGACCCCAGAAAAAUGACUUAUUUAUGAAAUGAGAAUGGGUUGGACUGGUUCAGUGUUUAGGAACAUUUUGGAGAUCGCAUGCCCAAACUGUACCCUCAAGCCGCCUAUGAGCCCCCUACAUUACCCCAGACAGCAGAGGGAGGAAGGAGAGAGGAAGUGCUUCAUUGCUUGACUUGGCAGAGGGGUGGGCCAUGUGAAAAAUGGCCUCAGGUGCAGUAGAGAGGGGGAGGGGUGCAGCCCCUUCCCGCACGCCAGGGUAUAUGGGCCACAUUUUCACCAGUGCUGGACUAGAGGAUCUCUAAAUUCCUUUCCAGUAGUAACACUAAAAAAUUCCAAAUUAUCAUUGGCUCUUACUAGCAGCAUUUUUAAGGUUGUAUAGUAUCCCUACCUUUUGAUUUUUCAAGACAAAGGCUGAGAGAACAUAAUUAAUUGAAAUUGGGAUUUUUGGACACCUGAAUAGCUUUUACAUUUUUUAGUGAUUGGCUAAAAAGUGAUGUCAGAUUAGUUAUUUAGAAUGUUUGUUGGGAGCCCAAUGCUAAAGUUACCAAGAUGGUAGCUCUCCUCCCUUCUGCCUGUCUGCCCUCAUAGAUGAUGGUGCAUAUGACAUAUGACCUCACCCUUGCAAGCUGUGCCAUAGGUGUUGUUAUGCUACAGGUUGACAAAAUGAUGUGUAUUCUCAUUUGGGGUUUGUGACUCCCAGGAAAUAUUAGAAUAAUAAAAGCUUUUACUCUCUGGUGACAA